AUCGAAAGUAGGUCAGCAGUAGAUAUGCAGUGGUAGUUUUACUGACAGUCUCGACGGUCUAAAGCUGUAAACACUGAGAAUUAUCCGCCUUUACUCCAGUGUGUGACCUCCUAUAGACAGGACUUUACUAAAGUUUAGUCAUGAAAUCGUUUAUUUUUGUUUAUUUUGCCUCUUUGCUGGGAAGUGUUAGGACUGUAACAGGGAACUCGACAGUUCCGGAAGUUGUGGAUUUGCUCCCGUUUUUUGUAUAUCAUUCAUCAGAAGGCUCACACACUCUGCAGUACCAACACACUGCUGUCACAGGAAUAAAUUUCACAGAAUUCACUGCUGCUCGUCUGGUGGAUGAAGAGCAGUUUGCGUUCUAUGACACCAGCAACAAGAAGAUGAUCCCAAAGACAGAGUGGGCAAAGAACAUCAGCCCUGAUGAUCCACAUUACUGGUACAAAGAGACAGAGCACAUGGAGAAUGAAGAUUACAAAUUAAGAGGCAGAUUGCAUCACAUAAUGAACUGUUUUAAUCAGACUCAAGGAGUUCAUACACUCCAGUGGAUGUUUGGCUGUGAGCUCGAUGAUGAUAACACCACUAGAGGAUAUGAUCUGUACGGUUAUGAUGGAGAAGAUUUCAUGGGUUUGGAUCUGAAAACUGGAACCUGGACUGAAGCGAAACCUCAAGCUGGAAUCUUUAUAAAGGAGUGGGAUCCUACAGACGCUAAAGCUAAAUACUGGAAGAGCUACCUGGAGGAUGACUGUAUUUAUUGGUUAAAGAAGUUUGUGUCUAACGGCAGAGAGACUCUGGAGAGGAAAGUUCGUCCCAAGGUGUCAGUGUUCCAGAAACACUCUCCUUCUCCAGAGGUGGUGUGUCACGCUACAGGUUUCUUCCCCAAAGCCCUGAAUAUCACCUGGCAGAAGGACGGAGAGGAUGUGAUUGAGGACGUUGAGCUCAAUGAGACGUUACCCAACCAGGAUGGAACCUUCCAGAAGAGGAGCAUUCUGAAAGUCCCAGCUGAGGAGCUGCAGAAACACAAAUACACCUGCGUGGUUCAGCACAGCAGCUUGGGGGAGGAGGAAAUCCGAGAAGUACCAAAAGGUGGAGGAUCAGAUGGAGAAUCAGGUGGAAGAUCGACUGUUAUCAUCAUUGGUGUCCUUGUGGCUCUUGUUGCUGUCGCUGCUGCUGGGAUUGUCCUCUGGAAUAAGAGGAACUCUGAAUUCAUGCUUGUUCCCCCCGAGACCCUAGUGGUUUAAUGACGCAUCGCCGUGAACUGCAGCAACACAUGAGGACAAACUCCUGGAAAUGCACUGCAUCACUGUUCUUUCAUAACGAACAGCAGAUGAGAAUCUGAAGACUGGAGCUGCAUUCUUUCUUCUCUUUCUUCUCCACAAACUGAAAUCCAUCCCUCAUGCAUGGAGUUUCUGAACUCUGUGUUUUUCUCCCACAGAUGAGGAGCUGCAGCUGAGUAUCUAGUGUUUUUGUUCACCGCCGCACAGUAUCUAUUGCAUUACUGCCACAAACUGGACCGCGGUGUGUCGAGCGUUGUGGUCCAGGUUGUCCUGAUCGUGUAGCAGGGUUUACAGGAACCGGCCCCUGCCAGAUUUUAACCAGGAUCACAUAUAGUUUUCCAGGGGAUGAAAAUGUCAACGACCAAAGUGACGUGGUUGACGAGAGUUUCAGGUUGUGUGAAGUCUUGAACUCUGUCAACAAACAAACUGUGGCUGUGUGUCUUCCUGCUGGAGUGAGAGAGUAAGACAUGAUGAUGUUUACAGUGUAAUAUCGAAUAAAAAUAUGUGGGUGGAGUGAAAAUCCUGAGCUCACAUUAAAUUUCAGAUCAGAGCUGAGCUUUGUCUUGUCAAGUGCAGUUUCAUGUCCAGCUAUAAGAUUGUGCUGCUGUUCAAUGGUCUUAUGGUCUGUGGGAAGAAACGGUCUCUACAGACUCCUCUGUCCAAUACCAUGCGGAGUAAAUGUCUUGGAGGAAGGAAACCCAUACAGCCUCCACACAAAGCCCCUGUUGACUGCUGGGCUCGAACCAAGAACCUUCUUGCUGUGAGGUGACAGUGCUAACCACUACACCAGCAUAUUGGACAGUUUGUUCUGUAUACUGCAGGUUUUUGUGGCUGAAAGUGGUGCAGUUCCCUCACCAGCAGUUCCUGAGUGAUGAGGAUUUUAAUAGGGUUUGGGGUGUGUGUGUUUCCUGCUGUGCUGUUCUGUUUCACUGAGCUCAGCGCUGUAAGAUCAUGCUUUUGAGGGAAACCAGGUUUUGGAGUAAAGACUCUCAGUAAUGGGAUCAUCACAAGAAAUGCAGCCACCAAGAAUUCAAAGCAAAUCAAACCAAAAUUAAUUUCUAGUCGAGAGCAGAACAGUGAGAUUUUCACACUGAAUGUCGAGAAUUUACAGUUGUCAACGUGUAAAAUUUGGUGCUCAGUAUCUAAAUGAAUUGAACUCAUAAUUUGAAAACCACUUCCUCUCAGCAACCCCCCCCGUCAUAAACUGAAAUCCACUCAAAAUACUGUUUACAUUUUGACAGGAAAUUAAUAUUAUUGUUUGUUCAUGUUCUAAAGAAGUGUGAAUAAUGAAAAGCAUCUGAUUUUAAUGUUCUUAAUGUGUGUAACGCCUUAGUGCCACAAACUGCACUGCAAUGUGUAAUAUUGGUCUUUAUACCUGUGUAUUUUAUAGAGAGGGCUGAAGAAAAAAUCCAUUAAAAAGACCUGUAAUAAUGUCCUGUCACUCUUAGAAACUUUAUCUAUCCUGCUCAUAUUCUUCCUUUCUAUUGUGGAAGCCUUUAUAAAUUACUGUACUGUAAAUGUUUCUCUACUGUCUUUUGUAAAAACUGAAAAAAAAAAAGGAUUGAAAUUGUUACAGUUGGUGCUGAACACUUAACUACCUCGGUCACAUGCUAUAAAUUUUACUUUGUUGAGCCUUAAAUAAAUCUUUAUUUACUCUG